UUUUAUGUUAAUUAUGUAUUUGUAUGUGUGGUUUUAGGAUCAACACAGAAGAAAUUUAAAGAGAAAGUAGAAAAAAAUGGUGGAAGAGUUAUUUCAAUGCCAAAAGAGAACCUACCGCAUGAAAGAUUUUAUCUAGUGUGUUCAGAAGAUGAGGUCAAAAAUGAUUGCUCAAAGCUAAAUAGUGAUUUGGUUAUUGCCUACCAAAGGGGAUGGAGAGUGGUGAGACCGAGUUUCAUUGAGUGGGCAGUAAAAGAAAGAAUUCCACCCAAUGUCGAAGAGCAUGCAGUAGACCUGACUCCUCUGGCAGCUUUGUCGACAGGCACAUGUGGUGCAAUGCAGCAGUCUGUAGAAUGGUUACGAUUUAGUAAAGAGAUUUCUGGUUUUGCUGCCCUGAAGAGAACAAUAAGAGAAGUGGAAAAUGGCCUAGUUGACAAGAGUGGUAACAAAUCUCAGAUUAGAGUUCACAAGAAGAAAAAAGAUGCAAUGGUUUCCCCAAAAGCCACCAAAUGGUUGGACAGCAUUUCUCAAUGAGAAAUUGAAAUAGGUUAGUUGAAUUAACUUUUUAUGUAAAUU